GAGGAGUCGGAGGCGGAGAAGAAGGCGGUGGUGGCGGGUGGAGGAUCGAGCGCUGUUCUCGCUCCGGAGCCGCUGCGCAUUCGGGACCUCCUGCAACUUAUCCAUUGCGUGAGUAAAAAAAUCACAUCCAUAAUUCCGCUGAACUGGGCACACAAAAACUGCCAUAUAUGUCACUAUACGCUGAAAAAGAGCCAGCAGCAAUGGAUCAAGAAUCCAACAAGGCUGCUUGGCCUAAACCGGCAGGAGGCUAUCAGACAAUUACAGGCAGGAGAUAUGGAAGAAGGCAUGCGUACGUCAGUUUUAAACCGUGUAUGACCAGGCAUGAAAGAAGUUUAGGUCGGGCUGGUGAUGACUAUGAAGUGUUGGAGCUAGAUGAUGUUCCAAAGGAAAAUUCCUCAGGUUCCAGUUCAUUGGAUCAAGUUCAUUCUUCUUUGCCCAAUGAAUCUUUAUUUAAAGAAAGUGAAACAGAAAUUCCCAUUUGCGGUACAGCAUUGAAUCAAACCACUGAGAGCAGCCCAUCCUGUGCUGCAGUACAUCAUAGUGAGGAAGGCGGGGAGACCAUAGGAAGCAGUACAGAUCUUCAUAACCACUCUGAGGGAGAAUAUAUUCCAGGAGCUUGUAAUGCUUCAGGUGUCCAAAAUGGAAAUGAAGUGGUUCUUACUAACUCUUAUGAUCCAGAUGCCAAACACGGAGAGGAUAAUGACCGUCUUCAGCUUUCUACAGAAGUUGUGGAAGGUGGUAGAUAUCAGGAAGCGUUGGGCAAUACAGUGUUUGAGUUGGAAAAUGGAGUAGAGGCAUACACAGGUAUUUCACCACCAGUUCCGUCUCUUAACUCUGAAAUAAGAGAAGAGUUUGAAGAGUUAGAUUCAGCACCUUUAGUGAAAAGUUCUAGUGGUGAUACUGAGUUUGCCCAUCAAAACAACCAGAAAUUCCAGAGCUCCUCUUCUGAAGAUGAAGUUGUUAGAAAGAAACAACAAAAUAAUAUUAGCCAGGAGAAAGAGAGAGAAAAUUCACCUGAAGAUUCAGCCUGGGCUUUAGGGCAUAUUUGUAGUGAACAAAAUACUAGUGAUAGGGAAAACAACCAGGAAAGGUCUCCUGAACAGGUAGUCAGGCCAAAAGUUAGAAAAGUGGUCAGUUCAAGCCAGGUGGACCAAGAAACAGGUUUUAAUCGGCAUGAGGCUAAACAAAGAAGUGUUCAGAGGUGGAAGGAGGCUUUGGAAGUUGAGGAAAAUGGCCCAGACGACCUGUUAAUAAAAUGUGAAGACUACGAUGGAGAGCAUGACUGCAUGUUCUUGGAUCCACCUUUCGGAGGAGUUAUACAGAUAGAACCAGAAGAUCACCAAACAACACCCGGAAAUGGAGCCACAGCAGUAAGGCAAGACGUUGUGGAUAACACCUUUUGGAAUGGCUGUGGAGAUUAUUACCAACUGUAUGACAAAGAUGAAGAUAGCUCAGAAUGCAGUGAUGGGGAAUGGUCUGCUUCUUUGCCUCAUCGGUUUUCUGGCACAGAGAAAGAUCAGUCUUCAAGUGAUGAAAGCUGGGAGACUCUGCCAGGAAAAGAUGAGAAUGAACCCGAACUACACAGUGACAGUAGUGGCCCUGAAGAAGAAAACCAAGAAUUAUCUCUUCAGGAAGGGGAACAGACAUCCUUGGAAGAGGGAGAAAUUCCUUGGUUACAGUACAAUGAAGUAAAUGAAAGCAGCAGUGAUGAGGGCAAUGAGCCUGCCAAUGAGUUUGCACAACCAGAAGCUUUCAUGUUGGAUGGUAACAAUAACCUUGAGGAUGACUCCAGUGUAAGUGAAGACUUAGAUGUGGACUGGAGCCUAUUUGAUGGAUUUGCAGAUGGACUCGGAGUUGCUGAAGCUAUUUCUUACGUGGAUCCUCAGUUCCUCACCUACAUGGCACUGGAAGAACGCUUAGCCCAGGCCAUGGAGGAGAAAGUUUAAUAUGAAGAAUUAUUAACUAUAACAGGAUUGCAGUAAUGAGUAAUUGUUUAGUAAGAAAUAAAGCUAAAUCUAAAGUAUCUAGGAAAAGCACAUACAAGGAGCAGUCUCCAUCCUUAGGGCUAAGGUAGAGCACCCAAGGAAGAGCCACCACCUUGAUGGAGACGGCACAGCUGUGGUUCACUGGAUGGCAAAGAAGUUACCUGCUGAAAAUCUGCUCUCUAGGGACCAGGGAAAGCUGUGUCUAACCAGAAGCACUCCAUGACACAACCACCCAAGUUGGAUGCUGGAGAAAGUUGCUGGCUGCUGGGUGCUGCUGUCCCCAUGCAUUGCAAGAGCCUGAAGCCUGAGAAGCUAUGUGCACUGCAGGAGCCCGAUGCUAGAGAAAUCCACGCAUGCUACAGAAGCCUUUUAAGCAAGCACACCAGGAUCAGAAGAAAAGCCCUUUUCCUCCUGCAAUGUCUUGCCAGCACCCUGCGUGAACAAAGCUUAACAUCAUGCCAGCUGUCAAAAGGGAACAUAUGUUUAAAGACCCAGAUCCAUUUUCACAGCGGUGGCAAAAAUAGUGAAUUUGGAUCUGAAGAGCAAUAAAUCAGUAACUGACACAGUCCACCCCUUUGACUAACUGGCUUCCAUAUGCACCUUUCUACACAUACUUGAACUCCCAUCCAACAAUAAAACAACUAAUUCUACAUAACAAGAUACAGAUGUUCUUACAAGUGAAGAACUUUUCAUUUUCCCAGAAUGAGCAGGUACAGUCUUUGUAUCCAUCACCAGCUAUAUUAAUUACUCCACAAAUUUAAUCACAGUCUCACUGAAGAUUCUGUCAUCUAAAGACUAAAUUGUAAAGUUAACUUGCUAUAACUGGUGUAUAAAAUAAACACAUCUAACAAGCAAAUAGAAACUAUGCAGAGCUACUAAUUCUUGUUUCUGUAACUGAUCAUGAGACCGUAAUUGAUAGCCAUGGCUUCCUUCUUCCACAAUCCAUUCUGUAUUUUCCCUGCCUUCAGCCACCAGAACCUUGGGAUUCUUUACUUGGUGGAGUGACCCAAACUCACAUUCCUAAAGGGUCUAUAUUGUCAGUCAUCCUACCCUUUAUUUGACUGCUAUAGUUUUCUAUUAACCUUUAUUGUUGGGCAGGGAAGUACGAAGAGGUGGCACACUCCAGGUGUGGUUAUCACAGGAGUUUUAAGCAGAGGAAUGCAAGUUUGUGGAAGGCAAGCUAUUUCCACUGGUGAAAGGAGGCUCAGAAGAUCUUGGGGAUUUAAGAUUGUCAGUUUCAUCUGAGUCCAAUCAGAUGCCCUUAUUACAAGUUUCAGAAUCCUACUCUUUACUAAUCAGUGCUCUUACUUUUGAGAGCUUCUCAAAAUUGGGAAUUCAGCUCUCAUUUUAAUUCAGCAAUCCAUAUAAUUCAACUUUAUUUUUGAUUUUCAGAAAUAAGAACUCCUUUUAGAGGGCUGUCAUGGAAGCUCCCUGGUUUUCAUACUGUCUUUAACUGAGAGUUAAUAGUCCUGAGUUUAUCAUUUUCUCUUUGUAAACGUGCAAGGACACUCAAAGGAAUUUAUUCCACAUCUCAGUUUUCGUAGUCAUCAUUACUGAAACAACCACCUGGACUCCCAAGACACGUGCUUCAGUUGGCAUUUCAUCACAGUCAACCACAGGUGAUAGCCUGAUUAAUUUUGAUGCCACUACAUAUAGAUUAGUAGCAUCCUGUGUCCCAUUGGCAAGGAACUUUGCACUAUACUGAAGCCCAAAGACCCAACUAAACCAAUCCCCAAAUCCCAUUUUUAUAAGUCUGUGUCCUGGGACUACUCCUGAUACCAAUUCUCUAUCAGUUUGGGCUCAAUUAAGAGAGAAACCACACAAUAAUUUGAACAGAGAAAGUUUAAUAUAAAUAAUUACUAACUACAACAGGAGAUUAGAGUAACAAGGGAUUGACUAGUAGGAAGUAAAGAGAACUCCAAAGAAUUUAAGAAUAGCGGAUAUAAGGAACAGCCUUGGGGGCUCAGAUGGAGCACUCCAGGAAGAGCCCCCCAGGGCUAAGUUCCAGACUUGGGGAAGACGCGGCUGCAGCUCACUGGGUGGCAAAGAGGUAGCUGUGGUACCAUAUCAGCAGAACUUGCUGGAAAUCCACCCUCUGGAACAUACCAGGAAUCAGUCCUCUGUGAUGCCGGGAGAAACUGUUCACAGAGAGGUGACUAAUUGGAAGCACUCCACUACAAAACUACCCAGGAUGGGUGCUAAGGGAAGCUUCUGUCCAUUGGGUGCUGUUGGCCACCUGGUACUGCAGGAGGCGGGUGCUGGAGAACCUUUGUGCAUGUGAGCCAGGUACUGAGAAGCCACCCACACUGCUGGAGCUGGAUGAUGAGGGAGGCUUGCACACUGCAGGGGACUACCCAGCAAGCUCAUGGGAACCAGGAAGCAAAGUCCUUUCUUUCUGCAGUGUCUCUCCAGCACCUUUUAGUCAUAAAGCUUAAGAUCAUGCCAGCUGAUAAACAAAAAAUAUUUAAAAGGUUCAGAUCUGUUUUUGCAGAGCAGAAAUGAAGGAUGAGUAUGGAACUGAGAAGCGAUAUAUCAGUUAGUGGCACACUGUUUCUUUUUUUGCAGUAUCUCUGCAAAUCCAGAGCCAAAUUCGGUGUUCAAUAUUAUUAACUCCUAUGAUGAGACUUUUUUUUUUUUGGCAGGGGCUCAGAAAGGGUUUACUGUGUAAAUUAACACUGUAGAAGUUUGGAGGUGAAAGAGGACUUUAGUCUGGAUAGAUUUUGAAAAAAAAAAAAAUCAAACCAGUUGACAUUGAGUUGAUUCUGACUCAUGGCAACCGCAUGUGUGUCAGAGUAGAACUGUACUCCACAGGGCUUUCAAUGGCUCAUUUUUCGGAAGUAGAUCGCCAAUCUUUUCUUACACCAAGACUCUGGGCGGGCUCGAACCUCUAACCUUUUGGUUAGCAGCUGAGCACGUUAACUGUUUGCAUCACCCAGGGACUCCAGAUUUAGAAAAGACAGUAGUGUAUAUGGGAUUUUAAUUGAAUUUUUAGAAUAAAGACUGGUUUUAGAAAUGUUGUUAGAUGCUGUCAAGUCAGCUCUGACUCAUAGCAACCCUGUGUGUAACAGAACACAUCAUUGUAUUGGAUGGUCUUGCUCCAUCCUCAUAAUAUGAUGAGACUUUCUGCUUUCUCCUUUUUCAGUCCUGAUUUUGAUUUGGCCUUGGCCUUAUCCUGUACUGUAAAUCAUCUCAAGUUCCUUUUGGAAACACAUAGUUCCUUGCUGUAAUAUCUGUAAUUUUUUGAGGAAUAUACAAAAAAUUGUUUGUCAUCCAAAACAAACACAAUGUUAACUAUCAGGCAGAAUUCCCCUGCUACAUGGGAGGCUCCAUUUUGAUAGUCGUCAAAUCCGUUUCAACUUUUUCGUCUGAACUAGGUUAAUGCUAAGGUCUCUCAUAGAUCUGUGGUCCUGUGAUGCUGUAAUUAGGGUAUAAUAUUAACAAGUAAUUAUUAAACUGGAUAAUUCUGAUUAUUUGCAUAUAGGAGCAGUUCCAAAGGAAGAUAUGAAUGUGGUCUGGGACCAAUGACAUAUAUUUCAUGGAAGGGACAGGACUUACCCAGGCCCCGAGGAAUUGAUAGGAUUUAGAUAGACAGGAAUGGCCAGGCACAGGAAGCAACGUGUGCACUAAGAGCAUGUAAUUGUACAAGUGGCAGGCAAAAAGAUAUACAUCUACCUACAGUUCUAAUCUAAUUGGAGCUAGACAGGCUAAUUAAGUCAGAAAGGAUGAGGGUGACUCAUAUGGUCUCAUGUUGUUUCCAUCCUUGUUAGAACAGUGACUUUAUUCAAACGUUUGACCCCGUCAAUUAAGUUCACAUCCUGUAUAACUGCGUAGUACUUGUGAGCUGACAAUGUGGGUGUGCUGACCCUAUGCCAGCAGUAGAUAGAGCCACUCAGGGAUGUAUCAUUUGCUUCCGUACCUCGAGCAUCCAGUAACCUCAACCACAUUCGUCUUUCAUCAAGUGAAACCUAUCCAGAGUGUUUUUAUUUACUUUAUUUCAUAUUAUAGAUCCUCCACCAGAACUCAUAAAUGGGGAGAGGUAACCACUCCUCUGAAAAUAGAAAUAUGAUGGGCAAGUAGAUGGUUGUUGAACCAAGAUAGAUUUUUGUUCUACUUGUGAAGAGUAGGAUUUUUUGAUUUUUGUUUUGUAUGUUUUUGGUGUUCUGGUUAGAUAGUGAUGGUUUUGGUGGUGGUUCUUUUGGAAGGGGGCAAGGGAUUGUAGCAAAGGAAAUUCACAGGAAGGAAUAAUGCUGGAUAUAACUAUGGCAGAUGUAUUUAAAAA